AUGUCUUCCACUGACGAACAUAUUGAGAAGGACACUUCAUCGAAGUCGAAUCGUGAUGAUGAUUAUGCUAAUUCGGUGCAAUCAUACGCUGCCUCGGAUGGCCAAGCGGAUAAUGAGGAUUUGGCAGCAACUUCCCAGUUAUCCCGUCAUCUUUCAAACAUUCUUUCCAAUGAAGAAGGUAUUGAAAGAUUGGAGUCUAUGGCAAGAGUUAUCUCUCGUAAGACUAAAAAGGAAAUGGAUGCAUUCGAAGUUAAUGACUUAGACUUUGACUUGCGUUCGUUGCUACAUUAUUUGAGAUCUCGUCAAUUGGAACAAGGAAUUGAACCUGGUGACUCCGGUAUUGCCUUCAAGAACUUGACAGCUGUUGGUGUUGAUGCCUCUGCUGCGUACGGGCCUACCGUUACAGAGAUGUUAAGAGAUGUUGCUAAUGUACCGGCACACUUCAUAAGUAAAUUUACCAAGAAAUCCGAUGUCCCACUUAGGAAUAUAAUUCAAAAUUGUACCGGUGUUGUUGAAUCUGGUGAAAUGCUAUUCGUUGUCGGUAGGCCAGGUGCCGGUUGCUCCACUUUUUUAAAAUGUCUAUCUGGUGAAACCUCUGAAUUAGUUGAUGUGCAAGGUGAAUUCUCAUAUGAUGGUUUGGACCAGAGCGAAAUGAUGUCCAAGUACAAAGGUUACGUUAUUUACUGUCCUGAAUUGGAUUUCCAUUUCCCAAAGAUUACUGUGAAGGAAACAAUCGAUUUUGCCCUGAAAUGUAAGACCCCUCGUGUCAGAAUUGAUAAAAUGACUAGAAAACAAUACGUUGAUAAUGUUAGAGACAUGUGGUGUACCGUCUUCGGUUUAAGACAUACAUAUGCUACUAAAGUUGGUAAUGACUUCGUGAGAGGUGUUUCUGGUGGUGAACGUAAGCGUGUUUCUUUAGUUGAAGCUGAAGCAAUGAAUGCAUCUAUAUACUCUUGGGAUAAUGCCACAAGGGGUUUAGAUGCCUCUACUGCCCUAGAAUUUGCUCAAGCCAUCAGAACUGCCACAAACAUGGUGAACAACUCUGCUAUUGUUGCCAUUUACCAAGCUGGUGAAAACAUCUAUGAGUUAUUCGAUAAAACUACUGUUUUAUAUAACGGUAGACAAAUUUAUUUCGGCCCUGCAGAUAAAGCCGUUGGAUAUUUCCAAAGGAUGGGUUGGGUUAAACCAAAUAGAAUGACGUCUGCAGAAUUUUUGACGUCUGUGACGGUCGAUUUUGAUAAUAGAACUUUGGACAUUGAACCCGGUUAUGAAGACAAAGUUCCAAAAUCUAGUACAGAGUUCGAGCAGUACUGGUUGAACUCCGAAGACUACCAAGAACUUUUAAGAUCUUAUGAUGAUUACCAAUGUAGACACCCCGUCGAUGAAACCAGGGACAGACUACAUGUGGCCAAGAAACAAAGACUGCAACAAGGUCAAAGGGAAAACUCUCAGUUUGUCGUCAACUACUGGACCCAGGUUUACUACUGUAUGAUUCGUGGGUUUCAAAGAGUUAAAGGUGAUUCGACGUACACCAAGGUUUAUUUGAGUUCUUUUUUGAUAAAAGCUUUGAUUAUCGGUUCUAUGUUCCAUAAAAUUGAUGAUAAAAGUCAAUCCACUACCGCAGGUGCUUAUUCUCGUGGUGGUAUGUUAUUCUAUGUUCUAUUGUUCGCAUCUGUUACUUCUUUGGCUGAGAUUGGUAAUUCGUUCUCUAGUAGACCAGUUAUCGUUAAACACAAAUCGUAUUCCAUGUACCAUUUGUCUGCUGAAUCGUUGCAAGAAAUUAUUACUGAAUUUCCUACUAAAUGUAUCGCUAUCUUGGUCUUAUGUUUGAUUACUUACUGGAUUCCAUUCAUGAAGUAUGAAGCUGGUGCUUUUUUCCAAUAUAUUCUGUAUCUGUUGACGGUGCAGCAGUGUACUUCCUUCAUUUUUAAGUUUGUUGCUACUAUGAGUAAAUCCGGUGUGGAUGCCCAUGCUGUUGGUGGUCUAUGGGUCCUGAUGCUUUGUGUUUAUGCUGGUUUUGUUUUACCAAUUGGUGAAAUGCAUCAUUGGAUUAGAUGGAUUCAUUUUAUUAAUCCGCUAACUUAUGCUUUUGAAAGUUUGGUCUCCACUGAAUUUCAUCAUAGGGAAAUGCUAUGCAGUGCUCUGGUCCCAUCUGGUCCUGGUUACGAAGGUAUUUCUAUCGCUAACCAAGUGUGUAAUGCAGUUGGUGCAGUUAAAGGCAGCUUAUAUGUUAAUGGUGAUUCUUAUAUCCUACAUCAAUAUCACUUCGCAUACAAGCACGCUUGGAGAAAUUGGGGUGUUAACAUAGUGUGGACCUUUGGUUAUAUUGUCUUCAAUGUUAUCUUAUCAGAAUAUUUGAAACCUAUUGAAGGUGGUGGUGAUUUGUUGUUAUAUAAGAGAGGUCAUAUGCCAGAGUUGGGUAAUGAAAAUGCAGAUGCUAGAACCGCUUCUAGAGAAGAGAUGAUGGAAGCUUUGAAUGGUCCAAAUGUCGAUUUGAAAAAAGUCAUUGCAGAAAAGGAUGUUUUUACGUGGAACCAUUUGGACUACACUAUUCCAUACGAUGGUGCUACAAGAAAAUUAUUAUCAGAUGUUUUUGGUUAUGUUAAGCCCGGUAAGAUGACUGCCUUGAUGGGUGAAUCUGGUGCUGGUAAAACCACUUUGUUGAAUGUUUUAGCUCAAAGAAUCAAUAUGGGUGUCAUUACAGGUGAUAUGUUUGUCAAUGCAAAGCCUUUGCCCGCCUCUUUCAACAGAUCGUGUGGUUACGUUGCACAAGCUGAUAACCACAUGGCUGAAUUAUCUGUUAGGGAAUCCUUAAGAUUCGCUGCUGAAUUAAGACAGCAAAGGUCUGUCCCAUUGGAGGAAAAAUACGAAUAUGUCGAAAAAAUCAUUACAUUACUGGGCAUGCAAAACUACGCUGAAGCCUUGGUUGGUAAGACUGGUAGAGGUUUAAACGUUGAACAGAGAAAGAAGUUGUCUAUUGGUGUUGAACUGGUCGCAAAACCAUCAUUAUUAUUGUUUUUGGAUGAACCUACUUCGGGUUUAGAUUCCCAAUCCGCUUGGUCAAUUGUUCAAUUUAUGAGAGCAUUGGCUGAUUCUGGUCAAUCAAUCUUGUGUACUAUUCAUCAACCUUCUGCUACUUUGUUCGAGCAAUUUGACAGACUAUUGUUGUUGAAGAAGGGUGGUAAAAUGGUUUACUUUGGUGAUAUUGGUCCAAAUUCUGAAACUUUGUUAAAGUACUUUGAACGUCAAUCUGGUAUGAAGUGUGGUGUUUCUGAGAAUCCUGCCGAAUACAUUUUGAAUUGUAUUGGUGCCGGUGCUACAGCUAGUGUUAACUCUGAUUGGCAUGAUCUGUGGCUCGCCUCUCCCGAAUGUGCCGCAGCAAGAGCUGAAGUUGAAGAAUUGCAUCGUACAUUACCUGGUAGGGCUGUUAAUGAUGAUCCUGAAUUGGCCACAAGAUUUGCUGCUAGUUACAUGAAUCAAAUCAAGUGUGUUUUGCGUAGAACUUCUCUUCAAUUUUGGAGAUCACCUGUUUAUAUUAGGGCCAAGUUCUUUGAAUGUGUUGCCUGUGCAUUAUUCGUUGGUUUAUCAUAUGUCGGUGUUAACCACUCUAUUGGUGGCGCUGUCGAGGCCUUUUCAUCUAUUUUUAUGCUGUUAUUGAUUGCUCUGGCUAUGAUUAAUCAAUUGCACGUUUUCGCUUAUGAUAGCAGAGAAUUAUAUGAAGUCAGGGAAGCUGCUUCUAACACUUUCCACUGGAGUGUAUUGCUGCUAUGCCAUGCCGCUGUUGAAAACUUCUGGUCUACCCUCUGCCAAUUUAUGUGUUUCAUUUGUUAUUACUGGCCAGCUCAAUUUAGUGGACGUGCCUCCCAUGCAGGUUUCUUCUUCUUUUUCUAUGUUUUGAUUUUCCCAUUAUAUUUUGUCACAUACGGUUUAUGGAUUUUGUACAUGUCCCCGGAUGUGCCAUCUGCUUCUAUGAUCAAUUCCAAUUUAUUCGCUGCGAUGUUGCUGUUCUGUGGUAUCUUGCAACCAAGAGAGAAAAUGCCAGCCUUCUGGAGAAGGUUGAUGUACAAUGUCUCACCAUUCACAUAUGUUGUUCAAGCUUUGGUCAGUCCAUUAGUUCAUAACAAGAAGGUUGUCUGUAAUCCUCAUGAAUACAACAUAAUGGACCCACCGAGCGGACAAACAUGUGGUGAGUUUUUAUCUACUUAUAUGGACAAUAAUACGGGUUAUCUGGUUAAUCCAUCCUCCACUCAAAACUGCCAAUAUUGUCCGUACACUCUGCAGGACCAAGUUGUGGAACAGUACAAUGUCAAGUGGGACCACAGAUGGAGAAACUUUGGUUUCAUGUGGGCUUAUAUUUGCUUCAAUAUCGCUGCUAUGCUAGUCUGUUACUAUAUUGUAAGAGUUAAGGUUUGGUCUUUGAAGUCUGUUUUGAAUUUCAAGAAGUGGUUUAAUGGACCAAGAAAAGAAAGACAUGAAAAAGAUACCAACAUUUUCCAAACGGUUCCAGGUGACGAAAAUAAAAUCACAAAGAAAUAG